AUGUACGGUGCACAUCAUCGAGUGGCGCAGUUGCGUCGCGGGGGUGCCGCAGCGGAGAGACACGCCGCAAACACUCCGUGUGAUUCAUUUGUCAAUACACCAAUGGGGACACAGGCUGAAGGUUAUACGCAGCGGACCACACAAGUGCGCUGCGGCGCACCCUCAUGUCAUUCCGUAGCUGCUGGAAACGUCUACCCGCUUCCGGCGACGAUGCGGCGGUCGUGUCUGGCGGUUCCACCCGCGUCAGAGCCGUCACGGAGCUCACAGAUGGCAACGCCCGUGGCGCCAAUAACGACGACGGCACCGCCCACACAGGCGCAGGUGGGUGAUGCUGCUUUGCUUCAGGCCACACUCUCUCAGUCAUCACAACAUCAUAAGGAAACUGCAUCGGCACUUUCUUCACUGGUACAGUUCCUGCAGCAUCAGGAAAAGCAUCUGGCUGCCAAUUCUCAUAGCCUCUCCCACCUCUCUGCUCUGGUCGAAAGUCAUCAGGCGCAGGUGACGGCUCUCCAUGGGCUCACUACUGAGAUAAAAGCCGUGGCAACAGCGAUUCGUGACGCGACGACAAUUCUGCAAAGGGAAAAAAGAGUCGGGGAACAUCCAGCUUUGGGAGGCACGCCCAUUCACAAUCAAUCCUGCCUGCGGCGGUCUGCUUCCGCUGCUGACGCUGCUGCUCCUUCUUCCACGGAUGGACUUGUGCUUGGCGCGGACUCUCCGUCUGUGACGCCAUGCAAAAGAGAAGGAGAAAAAAACGAGGAGGGAAUGAUUUUGAAGGGAGGAGGGGCAGCAUAUGUCUGUAACUCCCAACGGCCGCAUGUUACGCUGCGAGGCACGGCCGGAACGGCACGGUGUGCAGUGGGAUCGGAAUUCAUGGAAGACGACAUCUUCUCCAUGUGA